AUGGCGGAACGAAAGAGACUCGUUGUUGUCGGCCUGGGGAUGGUCGGCAUCGCCUUCAUUGAGAAGAUGCUAAAGCUGGACGCCCGCGUAAACGAGUACAGCAUCACAGUUCUCGGAGAGGAACCUCACCUUGCAUAUAAUCGAGUUGGCCUGACAAGCUUCUUUGACCACCGCAAAGUCGAGAAUCUCUACCUCAACCCAGAAGAAUGGUACCACAGUACGCCUCAGGGCUCUUUGGGAUACCACGUCAACACCAGAGUCACUGAUAUUGACUCUCAAGCCAAAACGGUCACCUGCUCAAAUGGAGAGAUCGUACCGUACGACAUCCUAGUCAUCGCCACCGGCUCAGAUGCCGUCCUUCCCAAGCACACACCCGGGCACGACGCAACAGGCGUAUUCGUUUACCGGACGAUUGACGACCUCAUCAACCUCAUCGCCUUCGCCGCCCAAAGGAAAGGCACCGUGGGAGCGGUUGUCGGCGGUGGUCUCCUCGGCUUGGAGGCGGCUAAGGCGAUGAUGGACUUGGACUGCUUUGACAAGGUGAAACUGAUUGAGAGGAAUCGGUGGGUGCUGAGCCGGCAACUAGACAACGACGCGGGGUCCAUGGUCGUGGAUCAGGUCAGGGACCUCGGCCUCGACGUGCUCCUCAGCAAGCGCGUGGGCAAGAUUGAGGUGACGAGCGACAACCACGUCCAGGGCGUAGUCUUCGAAGACGGCGAGCGCAUGGACUGCUCCACGAUAUGUUUCGCCAUUGGUGUUCGGCCACGAGACGAUCUAGCGCGGAGAGCGGGCAUUAAAUGUGCUGACCGUGGCGGCGGCAUCGUUGUUGGAGACGACUUGAGCACCAGCGCACCAGACAUCUAUGCCAUAGGGGAGUGUGCAAGCUGGCAAAGUCAGACAUUCGGCCUCAUUGCUCCCGGAGUCGAAAUGGCCGACGUACUUUCAUUCAACCUCACACAAGCCAAGCUGCACCAGCCCAGGUUAUUCAAGAGGCCUGACCUCAGCACAAAGUUGAAGCUUCUGGGUGUCGACGUUGCCAGCUUUGGUGACUUCUUUGCCGACCGAGACGGCCCGCAAUAUCUGCCUCCCAAAGUAGCAAGAAAAGCGAAAAAGGAAGACGAGCAAAGCACCAUCAAGACCUUGACAAACGGCCUACCACCGGCCCCUGUCAAGGCACUCACAUAUCGCGAUCCGUUCCAGAAUGUGUAUAAAAAGUACAUCUUCACCGAGGACGGCAAGUAUCUGCUAGGUGGCAUGAUGAUUGGCGAUACAAAAGACUACAUCAAGCUGGUACCAAUGGUCAAGAACAUGAAGGAGCUGGACAUGCCGCCCAGCCAGCUCAUCCUCGGUGCCAAAAAGGAGGGCGAAGACGACGGCGACGACUUGACAGAUGACACACAGAUCUGCUCAUGCCACAACGUGACCAAAGGUGACGUGGUCAAUAACGUCAAGGACGGUACCUGCAAGACGCUCGGCGAAGUCAAGUCCUGCACCAAAGCCGGCACCGGCUGCGGCGGCUGCAUGCCCCUCGUAACGACAAUUUUCAACAAGACCAUGCUGUCAAUGGGCAACGAGGUCAAGAACUACCUGUGCGCCCACUUUAACUACUCCCGCGCCGACCUGUACAACAUCAUCCUCGUCAAGAAGCUGCAGACCUUUGAAGACGUCAUGCGCGAGGCCGGCAACGACCGGGCCUCGCUCGGCUGCGAGGCCUGCAAACCUACCAUGGGCAGCAUAUUUGCCUCGUUAUGGAACCGUCACGUCAUGGACAAGCCCAUGCACGGUCUUCAAGAGACCAAUGACCGCUUCCUCGGCAACAUCCAGCGCAACGGCACGUACAGCGUCGUCCCACGCGUGUCUGCAGGCGAGAUCACGCCCGACAAGCUCAUCGCCAUUGGAAACGUGGCGUCCAAGUACAAGCUGUACACGAAAAUUACUGGCGGGCAACGCAUCGACAUGUUUGGGGCCAAGAAGCAGGACCUCUUGGAUAUCUGGCGGAUGCUGGUCGAGGCUGGUAUGGAAUCCGGGCACGCGUACGCAAAGUCGCUGCGGACGGUCAAGAGUUGCGUGGGCACGACGUGGUGCAGGUACGGCGUCGGCGACAGCGUGGGCAUGGCGGUGCGGUUGGAGGAGCGGUACAAAAGCAUUCGCGCGCCGCACAAGAUCAAGGGCGGCGUCAGUGGGUGCGUCCGCGAGUGCGCCGAAGCGCAAAACAAAGACUUCGGCCUCAUCGCCACAGACAAGGGCUUCAACAUCUUUGUGGCCGGCAACGGCGGCGCCAAGCCGAAGCACUCUGAGCUGCUGGCCAAGGACGUCCCGCCCACCGAGGUCAUCCCUAUCAUCGAUCGCUACCUCAUGUUCUACAUCCGCACCGCCGACAGGCUUCAGCGCACGGCGCGCUGGCUCGAGAACCUCCCCGGCGGCAUCAAGUACCUCCAGCAAGUCGUCCUGGAGGACAAGCUCGGCAUCUGCGCCUCGCUUGAGGCCCAGAUGCAGGAGCUCGUCGACAGCUUCUUUGACGAGUGGGCCGAGGCCAUCAAGAACCCGGCCAUUGCCGCGAAAUUCAAGCAGUUUGAUAACACGGAGGAGACGGUCGAGAACAUGGAGGUCGAGCUCGACCGCGACCAGCCAAGGCCAGUGUACUGGGCGCCCGAGUCCGCAAAGGAGGACUUCAAGGGCCUGAAGGAGAGGUGGAGCAGUACAACUUGGCAGCCCAUGUUGCCGGCGAGUCAUUUCUUCGGCGCGGACGAGAUACCCAAUGGUAUCUCGGCCACGGUGAAGCGCGGGGAUACGCAGCUUGCUGUGUGGCGGGUGCGGGGCCGGUAUUAUGCUACGCAGCAGAUGUGUCCUCACAAAAGGCAGUUUGUACUGUCAGACGGGCUCAUCGGCGAGGAGCCCGGCGCCGCAGAUGGGGAUAAGUGCGAGGAUGCGAAGAAGCCUGACUCCGGGUGUAACGGCGGCCCCGGUACCAACGGUACUAAUGAGGCAAAGCGGCCGGCGCCGUGGGUCUCAUGCCCUUACCACAAGCGCAACUUUGACCUCGCGGACGGGAGCUGCAAGAACGACGAGGAAGUAAGCAUAGCAACGUUUGCGGUGGAGGAGCGUGCUGGCGACGGGAUGGUAUACAUUAAACUGCCCCCCGUCGAGGAGCUCGACGCGGCGCUGGGCACGAAGAAGUGGAUGGUGAAGAAGGGGGAGGCUGGAGAGGCGCCGUUUGAGGUGCUGGAUAAGAAGAUUCGGUUCAAGGGGCACCGGGCCAAGAGGCCUGGUGUCAAGCCGAUGGGGGCUUUGGGGAUGGAGAAGGCGAGAGCGAUGGUUGUUGGUGGUGGUGGAGGGUGUGGGAGUGCACCGGAUUGGUGA